CUUUCUUUCAGUAUUCUUGACAAAUCGUAAGAACAUGGAACUUGCUCAAAGCCUUAUCAUGCUAUCAAGCGAUCCGCAACAGCGACGCUUAGGAAUCCUUGCAACAGCUGCUGCUCUUGUAUCUGUUUAUGCACUUUACAAGCAAUGGAUUAAUACAAGGGAGCUUCAAGGAGAUUGUCCCUCCGUCCCAUAUCAUAAUCCAUUUGUAGGAUCGACGCUUGAGUACAGAAAGAACCCUCAAGCGUUCGUCGAAAAAUGGCACAAAGCACUUGGUCCGGUUUUCCGUGCGCACAUCUUUGGAAGAGUAAGCUACUAUUGUCGAUGUUGAUAGGUUCACGUGCUGGAAUGCAUUGGUGUCAUUAAUAUUUUCAAUGUACACAACGAUGCAUACUAAACACAUCCACCUGCAUGAUGCUAUCAGCUCCAUACUGUAGUCUCGGGCAAGUAUGUCCGCGAGAUACUUUUUAACGAUCAUUUUAGUUUCGCCGGU